UAUUACAAAAGGAAAUUCAGCAAUGGACCAGAAGAAAGGGACAGCGUACACUCUGAGCGAAGACAAGAAGACGGUGACAUUUGAAUACAAGUUCAACCUCUGGGACUUCAACAGAGCAGGUCAGAUCUCUAUCUGGACUAUAAGUGACCGGUCAGCCUGGCUGUUACACAUGGGGCUGUCAAGACUAGAGUCAAGACUUUCAACUCUAAGGAGUUUUGUUCGCUGCCAGGAGUGGGAACUCAGCCCAUCUUUCUACAGUCUCGUCAAGCCAGGCACCAGGCUUAGUGUCUCUUCUAGAAUGCUUCACGUAGGUAAAACGUCCAUGAUUCGGGAAGGCGAAAUUGUUGACAGUUCCACCAAUCAGGUUUUGGUUAAGGGAAUCAUUCAGGAUAUUCACAUAAGCAUCGACACACGAAGACCUAAGCCAUUCCCUGAUUGGAUGAAGGAAAAGUACUCGUAUCUGUCGUCAGAGCCGCGCCCGGAAACGGUUGAAGAAUUUGAGGACCCCAAUGAUACCACUAAGAUGUUUAUUUACAAAGUUACCGUGCCACCUAGCGACAUUGAUGGGAAUAACCACACUAACCAAAGGCACUACAUUCGGUACUGCUUCAACUGUGCCGCUGUGGGAGCGAAACAGGGGGCAUACCCCACAGUAAGGGGGGAUCUGUUCAAACAGGGGGUACGGAAAGUCUCCGUGCUGUACCAGAAGGAAUCACUAGAGGGCGAUGUUCUAUUGGUGGAGUCCUGGGAAGAGAGUCCUGGUACUUUAAGGUUCCAGGUGAGAAAGGGGAGUGAGAAGGUGGUUCAGGUGACGAUGAGGUUUUUUGUAACUUCAGGGUCUGAAACUGGGAAGUCUAAACUGUAAAUCCACUCUAUUUUAGAUAUGUUUGAGUUGUUCUAUUCAUCCCAUUAGUUGAUGAAUGAAUGAAUGAAUGAAUGAAUGAAUGAAUGAAUGAAUAAAUACUUUAUUGUACAUACAUAUGCCAUUUUUCUCUCAAAAUCACAGAAACCACUUCUUCACUGAAACUUUUCAUCUCCCUCUGCUUCCAAGAAGAAGUGAAGCCCAACUUGUAACAAGAUAUACUUUUUUUUAGCCAAUAUAUAGAGGUUAAGCCAAUGCUAGCAUUUGCUUUUGUUUCAAUACAAUAAUAAUGUCAAUCAACUGUCCAUUGGCACAUUUAUGUCUCACAUGUUUCUACCAUUUACUUGCAAUUAGCCUUCGGGCUUGAACAUGCAAAUAAACUUUCUAACGUUAUGUUA